CAAUGUGUCUGUGUGGGUUGCGGUUUUCAAAACAGUGUCGAGUUCGGGGCAGGAAAAUCGGAGGAAAAAGAGUUUAAUCUUUUAGCACAUUACAUUUGCGAUAUUUAGACUGCAUUUAUGGCCAAAAUUCUCAUCAUUGAACCAUUCUAUGGCGGUUCUCACAAACAGUUGCUGGACACUUUCCUCGAACAGUUUCAUCCGGCCGAGUACGAUCUGUUUACGCUGACGGCGAAGAAAUGGCACUGGCGGUCCCGGAUAGGGGCGCUUUACUUUUCGGAAACGAUUCCACGGGACCACCACUUCCGUGCCCUGUUCACCAGCUCAGUCCUCAACCUGGCCGAGCUUAUCGGUCUGCGGCCCGACCUGGCCCAGUGCCGGAAGAUUGUGUACUUCCACGAGAACCAGCUCAACUAUCCGGUGCGGGAGAUUAAGGAACGGGACUGCCAGUACGGACUGAACCAAAUCAUGACCUGUCUGAGUGCGGACCAAAUCGUGUUCAACUCGCGGUACAACAUGACUUCGUUCCUGGACAAUAUCAAGAGCUUCCUAAAUAUAGCGCCGGAUCUGAAGCUGAAGAAUCUGCGGGAAAAACUGGAGCCGCGCUGCGAGGUGCUGUACUUUCCGAUUCCGUUCCAUAUGAUUCCGAAGCGGAUUUUCACCAAGAAUGACAAACCCCUGCACCUGAUUUGGCCCCACCGCUGGGAGCACGACAAAAAUCCACAGUUCCUGGUGAACACGCUGCUCGAGCUGAACAAGCGGCAGGUCGACUUCCGGGUGUCGAUCCUCGGUGAGCGCACCCAGUCCAUUCCGGAGUGUUUCGAAAACAUCGGCGAACUGCUUAAGGAGAAGCUGGUCAACUUUGGCUACCUCGGCAAGGACGAGUACUACCGGGCGCUGCUGGACGGGGACGUGGUCAUCUCGACGGCCGGCCACGAGUUCUACGGCGUCGCCAUGCUCGAGGCGGCGUACUGUGGCUGUCUGCCGGUGGCGCCGAACAAGCUAGUCUAUCCGGAAAUCUACCCGGACACCAGUCUGUACAACACGUCGAAUCAGCUCAUCAAAAUGCUCUACAACUGGUGCAAGAACCGGGCCCUGUUCGAGCGGGAUCGUGCCAUUUUCUACGAGAACUUUAACUUUGACAAAUAUUCGUCCGUGCAGCUGGUUCCAAAGUUUAUCUCGAUGAUCAAGGCCCACAUUGCCAACAGCGCCGUCAGCAACGGGGUCUAGGCGGGAGGAGACGCGUAGUGAAAAAAAGAUGUAAUCGGUUCUAUUAAACUAUUCGUACUAGACCUGCAGCGAACGACCUACCGGAACGUGUUCAUACAUACAGGAUGAGCGAAAACGAGCAGACCAUCGUUUUACAGUAAUCUCGCGCCAAUUAUUAUAUCUAUUAUAUAGACUAGUGAAAGUCUAGAGGCACAAAUAUGUUAAAUGCUUAGUCGUUUCCUUUUUAAAUCUUCCAGCAGAUUUCACACGAAUCAAUCUCGUUUUUUUUUGUUCUACUACAUUCAGAGUUUAAAUACGGAAAUAUGUUUUUAAUAUCGGUUUUAUUAUUAGCCAACCUAGUUUUUGAAAUUUGUUAAAAUCACGUAUUGUAUAUUACAAUACGAUAGUCAAUACAAUUUAGUAAAAUAAUCAAACUAUUGGGAAUCAACAAACUCGUAGAUAAAUAAAAGAAAUAAAUAUUACGAUAUGUAUCAAUAUUUGGGAGCAAA